AUGGCAUCACGAGGCGGAGGUAGAGGCGGAGGGAGAGGCGGCCGAGGUGGUGCUCGAGGCGGCAAAGGAGGAGCGUCCGGCCUUCCGUGGGACUACGACCCGACCACAGUCUCGAACCAACCCCAGGAGACCUAUCCAAAGACCUACCGACCUCCCCUGGCCGCCAGCUUUCCUCUCACCCCCUCCGAGAGCCGGUCCGUGCGAUACUUCGUCAAGUUCCGUCGCGACUUCCACAACUCACCUCUCUACACACAUAAGCACCUCGCCACCGAGGCUGUCGGCGCCAGUAUAUCCGAUCCCAUCGCCAAGACCUACGGCCAGGAGCAGGUCAACGAGCGCUAUGGCAUCAACAGCCGGGCCACCAUCGACCCUUUCACCGCUGUGCCCAUGUUCACCCACCAGUUCGUCUCCGAAACCCGCCCCAUGCCCUAUCUGAGAGGACGUGACUGGAAUCACGACCUGUUCCCCGAGGAACUAUGGCCAACAUUGGACGGCAAGGACGGUGGGCCCGCCAAGGACGCCUUGGCCAAAGCGACCAAGCGCAAGUCCGUGGCUGCCGACAACCUUCCCGAUGACGAGGAUGACGACGGUAUGCGCAAGCGGCCAGAGACCGACGAGGAGCGUAGACGCCGUAUAGAGGAAGCGGCCAUGGGCGGGGAGAACGAGGAUGCAGCCGAUGAAGAGGAAGACGAGGAGGGUGAGUUGGAGGACCCAGACGACGACUUCGAGGAAGACGAGGAUGGUGGAGAUUACGACGCCGAGCAGUACUUUGAAAAUGGCGACGACGACGAAGGAGACGACGGGGGUGGCGACGGUGGUGAAUACUAG